AGAAGGAGCUGCAUUCCCGGGGAGGGUCGGCAUCCCUCGGAGGAGCUCCCGAGCCCGGGGACGCUGAUCUCUGUCUAUAAAUAAUGAGUGGAGGGGGAGAGGGAAGAAAAGGAGGAAAAAAAAAGCAAAGCAAGCAGCAGCAAGGCGCGCCUGGCUGGCUGCCAGCGAGGGGCAGUGACUGAGCAUUUACAGCAUCCCCGCCUCCCGCAUGCGGCGGGGCAGGGGCUCGGCGCCGCAUCCCCCGCGGCCGGUACCGCACCGCGCUGCACCGGGGCGGAGCGGGGGGGCGGACGGCUUGAGCCACCUCUACCGGUGCCCGGGAUAGAGCCGGGCCGGGGCUCGGGCGGCCCCGAAGGGGUUAAGCCGGGACCUGCCGCCGAGACCUGCCCAGCCAGACCGGCAACUCGGCGGGUGAGCGGCGGGCGGGCUGCGGCCGCCUCCAGCCCGCUCCCACCGGCACCGGGCACCGGCACCGGCCGCGCUCCGCGCAGAUUUCCCGGGCCAUCUCGUGGCGACCAAAGUCCAGCUGGGACGGCGUCUCUGGCCAGGACGCGUGGUGCUAGAGCCUGGCAUGCUGGACCUGGGGUUUGUCCUGCCAGGAGACCUGUUGGAGGCAGGAGGGACUAUCCUGCCCUGAAGGAGGAGUGCUGGUGUUUGCUGGUGUUUGUUGGUCUUUGAUGGGCUGGUGGCACCCCUGGAAAACCUGACUUUCUCUCCUGCCUGGGUGUUGGUAGAAAGCAGAGCACAGAGCCAAGUCCCGGAGGACUUUGCUGCGUCGCUGCCCUUGUCCCGGGGGCGUUUCCGCGCCAGGUACCGGUGAGGCUGUGGCUGUGAGUGCUCAUCCCUUCUCCGCCAUCACUGCCCGCUGCCGGCGGGUCUCCAGCACCACACAACCAUGACGACCUCAGCGCUGCGCCGGCAGGUGAAGAACAUCGUGCACAACUACUCGGAGGCGGAGAUCAAGGUGCGGGAGGCCACCUCCAAUGAUCCCUGGGGACCCCCCAGCUCCCUGAUGUCAGAGAUCGCCGACCUCACCUUCAACACGGUGGCUUUCGCUGAGGUCAUGGGCAUGAUCUGGCGGCGGCUGAAUGACAGCGGCAAGAACUGGCGUCACGUCUACAAAGCCCUCACCCUGCUGGACUACCUCAUCAAAACUGGCUCCGAGAAGGUGACCCACCAAUGCCGGGAGAACCUCUACACCAUCCAGACGCUGAAGGACUUCCAGUACGUGGACCGCGAUGGCAAGGACCAGGGCAUCAACAUCCGCGAGAAGGUGAAGCAAGUGAUGGCGCUGCUGAAGGACGAGGAGCGGCUGAAGCAGGAGCGGGCACACGCGCUGCAGACCAAGGAGCGCAUGGCCCUCGAGGGCAUGGGCAGCGGCAGCCACCCGGGCACCUAUGGCCGCCGUGCGUCACCCUACGGCGAAGACUAUGGCCGGGCACGGGGCUCCCCCUCCUCCUUUAACUCAUCGUCCUCGUCCCCAAGGUUUGCCUCCGACCUGGAGCAAGCGAGGCCCCAGACCACAGGUGAGGAGGAGCUGCAGCUGCAGCUGGCGCUGGCCAUGAGUCGGGAGGAGGCAGAGAAGAAGCCACUUCCUCCAAUUUCCAGUACAGAUGAAGAAAGGCAAUUGCAGCUAGCGCUUGCGCUGAGCAAAGAGGAGCACGAGAAGGAGGUGAGGACAUGGCAAGGGGAGAACUCUCUGAUGCAGAGAGCCAUGGAGGAGACUGCCUCAGGCAGGGAGGAAGAGGAGGAAGAAGGAAAGAUGAAGAAAAGCCAGUCCUCCAUCCUGGAGCUGGCAGAUAUAUUUGGGCCGGCGCCAGCCCCCUCCAGCCACACGUCUGCCAACCCGUGGGAUAUGCCAGAUACGAAACCCAAAGUGGAGUCGGCAGCCUCUGCCUGGGCUGGUGCAGCUGACCCCUGGGUGCCGGUCCCAGCCACUGGUGGGGAGCCUGUCUCCCAGGCGAGCGCCUCGUCCCAGCAAACCUCCGCUGGGCCCUGGGAUUUUCCCCCUGGCACCGCCACUGCUGCUGCCUCCGACCCUUGGGCGAAGGUGCCAUUGUCUUCUGGCUUCCCUCCUGCGGACCCCUGGGCCACAGCGUCCCCCCCUGCCCAGGGCUCUGGUUCCACACCAGCUACUGACCCUUGGGCUGCUGUGGCUGAGCAACCUCCUAACACUGCUCCAGGGGGGAACGCUUUCGACCCGUUUGCAAAGCCGCCCGAGCCAGCUGAACCGCCGGAGCAGGAGCCCUCGCAGCCGCCCUCCUCUGUGAAAUCUAACAGCCCUGUUGAGCUGGACCCUUUUGGCGACCUGUUCCCCAGCACCAGGCAGAACGGGGCAAAGAGCUUCGACCUCACCAACCUGGCUGACUCCCUGCCCGAAUCCAGCAAGGAGCGGAAGGACUGUAAAACCCCCGAGGCCUUCCUCGGCCCCGCCGCCUCCUCCCUGGUCAACCUGGACUCCCUGGUCGCUCCUGCACCAGCCUCCAAGACCCGCAACCCUUUUCUCUCAGGUCUGAGCACGCCGUCCCCCACCAAUCCCUUCAGCCUCGCCGAGCAGCCCAAGCCGACGCUCAACCAGAUGCGGACCAGCUCGCCGGUGCCCAGCCUGCCUGCUGGCCACCCUGCCAACGCCAUGACCUACAGCGCGUCCCUGCCAAUGCCCUUGAGCAGCGUCCCCCCCGCCGCCGCCACCCUCCCCGCCUCGGCCAGUGCCUUCCCCCAGGCCGGCACCUUCCCCGAACUCCCCAGCAACUUGCCGAAGCCUUUACUGCCGCUGAGCGGCCGCCCGGCCCCGCCGACCGCUCCGGGGGGGCUCAACCCCUUCCUCUGAAGUUUCUGGACAUGUAGACUCUUUCCCCUUCCCCGGCUGUUACAAACCCCCUCCGGUUCCUCCCGCCAAGACUUUUGGGGGGACCAGCAGUUUGCUAGCUGCAAGGAAGGGUGCCCCCCAUGCCAGCCCCCUCCCUGCGGGGCAGCAGCAUGAGCCCCCACGCUUGAUGGACUAGAGGGGACCCCCCCCUUUCCCUGCGAUGGCCAGAGGGUGGUGGAGGGGCCAUGGAGGGGCCACUCCUAAGGGCUGUGGUGUGGGGGCUCCCGUGCAGCGGGGUGGGCUGGUGCAUGGAUUCUCGCUGCUGGACGGAACCCCCCGGGGUAGGGGGGUUUGCUCGGGCGCUUGCGCGGAGCUGGGGCAGCGCUGGGGCCGGGGGUUCCCCCCACACCGUGUCCCCUCCCCGGGAAGGCGGUGCCCCGCUUGGGGUCCCCGGCUGGAUCGCGCUCCCCCGGCCGCUGCUCCCUGUCCUCCUGCGGCCGCCCCGGCUCUCCGCGUCCCGCUCGCUGCCCUGCUGAGCCCCGCGGCCCCUGCGGAGGGGGCGGCGGGCAGGGACCCGCAGGGGGCGGCCCCGCUCCGGGCUCUGGCGGGGCGGCGGGGGCGCCGGUGUUCAGCGCUGCUGGAGAGCGGCGGCUGCGACAAUAAACAGCUGUGACGGA